CUGAACCGGGAUGGGCCCGACCCGUCCCCACCCAUGGGACUUAGACCAGAGCCUGCAGCGCCCAGCUGAGCCUGGAGCCCGGACCCAGCUUUUGGAAGCUCUGACGCAGAACGCGGGAGAGCGGGAUCGGCGGCCAAGCCGGACAUGGACCUGCAGAGACUCAACUCCUACCAGGGGGGAGCUGGCCCUGACUUCCAUGAGCAUGUCCUGCAUAAGACCAUCCUGGUGGGCGACAGUGGCGUGGGGAAGACAUCUCUGCUGGUCCAGUUCGACCAGGGCAAGUUCAUCCCCGGCUCCUUCUCGGCCACCGUGGGCAUCGGAUUCACAGUGAUGCUUCUGGGAGACUCGGGCGUCGGGAAAACCUGUUUCCUGAUCCAAUUCAAAGACGGGGCCUUCCUGUCCGGGACCUUCAUAGCCACCGUCGGCAUAGACUUCAGGAACAAGGUGGUGACGGUGGAUGGUGUGAGGGUGAAGCUGCAGAUCUGGGACACCGCCGGGCAGGAGCGGUUCCGCAGUGUCACCCACGCUUACUACCGAGAUGCCCAAGCCUUGCUCCUGCUGUAUGACAUCACCAACAAGUCUUCCUUCGAAAACAUCCGGGCCUGGCUCACUGAGAUUCACGAGUACGCCCAGAGGGAUGUGGUGAUCAUGCUGCUAGGCAACAAGGCAGAUGUGAGCAGUGAGAGGGUGAUUCGCUCGGAAGACGGAGAGACGCUGGCCAGGGAGUACGGAGUUCCCUUCAUGGAGACCAGCGCCAAGACGGGCAUGAAUGUGGAGUUAGCCUUUCUGGCCAUUGCCAAGGAGCUGAAAUACAGAGCCGGGCUGCAGGCCGGCGAGCCCAGCUUCCAGAUCCGAGACUAUGUGGAGUCCCAGAAGCAGCGGCCCGGCUGUUGCUCCUUCCUGUGAAACCCAAGGGGCUGAGAGACGGCCCCCGAGGCCCACGAGGAUGCAGCCUGCUCCCCAAGACCUGGUUGAUUCUGAGCAGCUAAGCCAAUGGGGGAGAGAGUUGGGGGCCGAGUGCACAGCCCCUUCCCAACUGGGGACUGUACCCCCACCCCUACCUUCGUUCCUGUAGCUUCCCUGCAUCCCCAGGGAGGGUAAAAUAUUUAUAUUUCAGUUUAGUGAUACAUAACACACACACACACACACACACACACAAAGGGGGCACCAGAAAAACCAAGGUAGGGACCUGGUGGCCUUAGCCUUCUGGUAGAUACUAGGACUCGGGGGCUGGGCCUCCCUCCUAGCCAUGGUGAGGGCAGUAAUGCUCCAGCUCGCUACCCAGGAACAUGCGCUUCUGGGGCAGGAGGGCAGGCAGUGACCCUGUUCCCACCCUCAGUUCAGCUGGGGAGAGGCUGAGCAGCCCCGGGCCUUCAUUUCCUCCAGCUCCCCAGGGAGCAGUCUCCCCCAGAAGAUGGGCCCUUGUGCUGGGAGCUAGACCAAAGCCUAUCUCUUAUCAGGGAAGAUAAGGAAUGUGGAGAUUGGGCGGGGGCCCAGCUCCCUCCCUGGGAGGGGAAGAGAGGAGCAGAGAUUGGGUCUGUUUGGCUACCUCUAGACUUACCAGCCCCCCUCCAGGAGGUGCGGCCCUUCUCCUCCUGCUCACAAGCACAACGGGGCCCUUGGGAGCAUUUGGUUGCUAUUCUCUGGACCCCCCCUGGAUCCCUGGUCUUCCUUUCCUUUCUGCUAUGCCCCUGGGCACCUCAGGUCACAGUGAGGGAGAGUUGAUUGUCCAGUCCCAACCCUUUGGCAGGUAUGCAGUCCGCAGGCUAUUUCUUCAAACAGCUGUAGUGCUUCUACUGGGGAAAGAGCCCGUUAAAGAGAAACCCCCAACUCCAGAGUAGGGGGGAAGCAAACCUGAGCAAACCUCACCCCCAUGUAUUCUCCUCAACCCAAGUGCUGGCUCUCCCAACGAUGCCCUCAUGUUCUCAGACAGACCCAGGGCCCAAACUGCUUCAUCUCCCCUCCUACUGAGACAGGGUGGGGAAGGAGAGGCCACCCAUUUCUGGGUUAACCAGUUCUGCGUGCAACACAGUGUCGUGUGGGGAAGACUGGGGAGGGGAAAGGGGCAGCAAGGAGUUUAUGUGGGGCCGGUCACACGUCUCCCAGAGCCCUGACCCCAGCAACUGGAGGGGGACAGGAGGCGCGCAUGUCCCAACCUAGAGGCGCCUAUGCCCUGGCUCUCCGGGCCAGGGGCAGGGGAGAGGGGCGAGAAAGAGGCGUGCGCUGGACGUGUCUGAGGCCACUGCAUUUGCUUUCAAGGCAGAAAUCUCGCGGUCCAAGCCGAGUCAGCAGCUCCGACUUGGGCCCUGAUAAGGAAGCUCUCCUCCGAGGCCUCUCCCGGGCAGCGCAGGGAGGAGCCUGACCUUGCCCAGGGUGGGUCACUGGGGACCCAGUCCCUCGGGCUGCUCUGGGCCUCUAGCAUUUGUUUUGUUCAGAAUUAAAUUGCAGUAUUUUGGAAAGUA